ACAACCAUACGACUCCUCGAGUCACACCGUACAGGUAUUUCACACACAUAUAUAGAUAGUUCUGGAAUUUUUAGUUUUAAUUACAAAAUAGUCACUAUAUAUAUUCAUAUUAAGGAAAGAAUUAAUAACAAAGCAGUCAAAAAUGUCGGACUGGGAUACGGUAACUGUUUUGAGGAAAAAGGCCCCUAAGUCUAGCCAACUGAAGACCGAAUCAGCUGUUAAUCAGGCACGCCGCCAAGGUGUUGCCGUUGAUACGCAGCAAAAAUAUGGUGCUGGCACCAACAAGCAGCAUGUGACUACUAAGAACACUGCCAAGCUGGAUCGUGAGACUGAAGAAUUGCGGCAUGACAAGAUACCGUUAGAUGUUGGCAAAAUAAUUCAGCAAGGACGCCAAGCCAAGGGUAUGAGCCAGAAGGACUUGGCCACGAAAAUCUGCGAGAAACAGCAGGUGGUUACGGAUUAUGAAGCUGGACGUGGAAUUCCCAACAACUUGAUACUUGGCAAAAUGGAGCGGGUGCUUGGCAUAAAAUUACGUGGCAAGGAGCGCGGCCAACCAAUAGCGCCUCCCGGUAAAAACAGCAACAACACCAGCAACAAACAUCCAAGGCAACAGCCACAAUUGGACUCUGGAGGUUGGAGCACUGUGUGCAGUCGACGCAAAUGAAGCAAAUAUCGGGAGGCUGUUUAUCAACAACGACAGCAGCAGCAACACGAGGAGAGUGAACGAGUUAAGAAACCAUCAAAAGCUAUUUAAACAAGAAAAACAUCAACAAACAAUCCAAUCAAACAGCCAUGAGCGCCAACCACACAAGCAACAUUCGCAACUAAUUCUUUUCCAACAUUGUUAAAUUUUAAACCAUUUACAAUUUAGUGACUAAAAUUCAAACAUUGUAAUUCAAUUAUUGGUAAAAAGAAAAAAAAAAAUCCGUAAACACUCAUAGCUCACGGGACAAUGCGAAACGCAACAACAAACUAUAGCCUAAACUAAAAUGAAAAAACUAUACUACAAAUUUAUUAAAAUAUGUUGCAAAUGGCUCGAAAAAAGUUGUAGUUCUGUUUUUUGUUCAUAUUUUGGCAUUUCUUUAACACUAUUAUAAUUUAUUGUUUUUAUUUAUAAUGAAUACGUUUUAUAUGUCUUAAAAAGAUGAAGCAUUGAAUUAUACACUCGAAGAAAAAACAAAGAA